AAAGGACCUCUGCACUGUCCCAUAGCACCUGGCAGUGCAAGGCUUGGUCGCGACAACUUGACUGGCUAGCUGAUCCACCGUCUGGUCCCGGAUCGCUAUCGCACUCUACGACGAGGCUCCUAUCUUGGCCCUCGAUCACCGCUCACGCUACACAGCGGUUCAACACCAGGCAAAACUCGUCAAGAUGGCAAAUAGGGCUGCGAUCCCAUUUCUUGUGGGGAUGAUGCUCCUCACAGGCGUGUGCAAUACCCUCCUUACCAAGUACCAGGACAACCAAUGCGUCCGCAAUUGCGACGACCCUGAUCCAAAGAACCACAAGACAUUCGAACAGCCUGUGAUCCAAACAGCCCAAAUGUUCGUCGGCGAGACGGGUUGCUGGCUCGUCGUGGGCCUUAUCAAUCUGUGGCGCCGCUACAUCUCCAAGUCAUCCGCCGAGGACGCCGAAUAUGAGCCUGUGAACACCUCCGAGGCCGACGCAGAUAUCAACUCGGACGCGCGCAGCGUACACUCCACGACGGCGCUGAACCCGAACGGCAGCGAUGACGCCAACGGCCACAGCAAGCACGUCGUCGCGAGCGACGAAACUCUCAAGGGCGCCCGGGUGCUCCUGCUGGCCCUGCCUGCGAUCUGUGAUAUUCUCGGCACGACGCUCAUGAAUGCCGGCCUGCUGCUGGUCGCAGCCUCGAUCUACCAGAUGACCCGUGGCGCCCUGGUGCUGUUCGUCGGCUUGUUCAGCAUUUUGUUCCUCAAGCGCAAGCUGCACCUGUUCCAGUGGACGUCGCUCGUGGGCGUUGUCCUGGGUGUCGCGAUCGUGGGUCUGGCUGGUGCCAUCUGGCCCGACCAGAAGAAGAGCGAGGCACACGCCACCGAGGUCGGUGCAGACGCGCUGCUGGCCAUUGUGGGUGUGCUCAUGAUCGCAGGUGCGCAGAUCUUCACCGCAACGCAGUUUGUUGUGGAGGAGUGGCUGCUGGAGCGCUCGACUAUUGACCCCAUCCGUGUCGUCGGCUGGGAGGGGUUGUUCGGGUUCCUGGUGACCUUGUUGGGGAUGAUCGUCCUCCACUUCGCCAUCGGCAGGACGGACGCCGGAAAGAAUGGCCCGUUCGACAUGGUGGAGGGCUGGAAGCAGUGGACAGGCAACCUGAAGGUGCUGGUUUCGAGCGUGUUGAUCAUGUUCAGCAUUGGUGGGUUCAAUUUCUUUGGCCUCUCUGUUACCCGCUCCGUGAGCGCCACGUCUCGCUCUACCAUCGACACUUGCAGGACUCUCUUCAUCUGGAUCGUCUCUCUUGGCCUCGGCUGGGAGACGUUCAAAUGGCUACAGGUUCUUGGCUUCGCCCUGCUGGUGUACUUCACCUUCCUGUUUAACGGCAUCGUCCAGCCGCCCUUUGAAUUCCUCCGGCCGAAGGAGGAGGUUGAGGAAUUACUGCCCGAGGAGCCUGUUGAGCAUAUUUAAGAGACGUGCUAGAUGUUUGUCUGUGUUGUGAAGGGGUUUCAUCAUGGAGUUUAGGUUUGGUUUUGUACAAGCUUGAGUGAUCAAUAUUGCAUAUCAUUUGGGCAUCUGUGGGCCAUUCAAUCCAGGCUUGGAUUUGGGAUAUAGUUGGGAAUAUUACUCCUUUUAUUUUUC